GACAGCUUUAAACGGGGCAGAUUGCUUGGUCGUCCCCGUGAAACGUCCUUUUAACGUGUCCUUCUGCUGCGUAGUAGGUUUGACGCACCUUUUCCGACCAUUUUAACUUAUGCAUGCUGUGCCACUCUAGCGACAACGCUAACGGCUAAGCCGCGAUUUUGUGAAGUUGACGAGAUAAACGUGCCCUUAUUCACAGGUGCACCUGCGGAGCGCGCGAAAUGGACAGCAAGCACUGCAUUACAACUGGCAUACUUACAGUGAGUGACAGAUGCUCCAGAGGUGAGGCCGAGGAUUCUAGCGGGAGGAACCUGGAAGCAGUGGUGAAUGCGAAAACGCUGAUAAAUGGAAAGGUUGUUGCUCGGCACUGUGUUCCAGAUGACAUUGAAGACAUCAAAAGGACACUGUUACAAUGGAGCGAUGUUGAGAAGGUCAACCUCAUCCUAACAACGGGUGGCACAGGUUUCUCAGCAAGAGACGUUACACCCGAGGCUACAAGAGCAGUUAUAACGAAAGAGGCGCCAGGCAUCGCAAUUGCUAUUAUCCAGAAAUCCCUGAGCAUCACUCCAAUGGCAAUGCUUUCAAGGCUCGUAUGUGGCAUUCGAAAUCAGUCUCUCAUAAUCAACCUCCCAGGAAGCCGCAAAGGGGCACAGGAGUGCUUUGAAUUUGCGAGUCCUGCCAUCCCACAUGCAGUUGAUCAACUUCAGGAGCGCAAAAUGAAGACAGACAAGCUGCACAGUUUGCUUUCUGUGUCUGGAUCUCCAUCUCCAGCCACUGUGAGUCAUGGCUGCCAGUGCACGGCAGAGGGAUCUCAAAGCAGCACUGUUGCCUCUCGCCCGAGGCAUUCUCCCUAUCCACUGAUCUCCGUUGCUGAUGCUCAAGCCAUAGUACUGGAGCAGUGUUCCGAGAUUGGUGUCGAGCAAGUAUCAUUUCAAGUGGCCUGUGGACGAAUAUUGGCAGAGGAUGUGCACGCCACAGACCCCUUGCCACCGUUUUCAGCAUCUAUCAAGGAUGGAUAUGCUGUUAUUGCUUCAGAUGGUGACGGACCACGAGAGGUGGUUGACGCCAUCCCAGCAGGCUCCAAUCCUCUGCAUCGCGUCAAGCCUGGACAAUGUGUGAGAAUCAGCACGGGUGCCCCAGUCCCAGAACCCUGCGAUGCUGUGGUACAGGUGGAAGACACUGAGCUCAUUCAAGCGUCGGAAGAUGGCUCCCAGGAAUUCAAAGUGAACAUAUUAGUUGCCCCUACAGUCGGACAGGAUAUUCGUCCAGUGGGAUCGGACAUUCAAAGAGGACAGCGCAUCUUGACACAAAGAAUGAAGCUCAGCCCUUCAGACUUGGGUUUGCUUGCCACCAUUGGCACAAACACAGUCGCAGUAUACAGACUUCCUCAAGUGGCCGUCCUGUCCACUGGAAACGAGAUUGUGGCCCCAGACAGUGCGUUAAAGCCGGGCCAGAUAAGGGACAGCAACAAGACAACACUCAUCACUUUGUUGCAAAAAAGUGGAUUUCCAGUGUUUGAUGCUGGAAUUGCACGUGAUGAGUUUGAAGACCACGUAAGGAAAUUGAAGAAUGCUUUUAAUGUAACCGAUGUGGUCGUCUCAUCGGGAGGUGUAUCUAUGGGAGAAAAGGACCUUCUGAAAGCAGUACUCGUCAAGGAGUUCUCCGCUACCAUCCACUUUGGGCGAGUCCUUAUGAAGCCUGGGAAGCCGACAGCGUUUGCAUCCCUUGUGUACGGUGACAAGCUCAAGCUUGUCUUUGGCCUUCCGGGCAAUCCGGUGUCGGCAGCCGUCACGUGCCAGCUCUACGUCUUGCCCGCACUAAGAAAGAUGUCUGGACAUGCCACGGUUCAUCCGACAUCCAUCAGAGCAAAGCUUGCAGAGGACAUGGUCCUGGACCCAAGGCCAGAGUAUCACAGGGCAGUGCUGUCCUGGUCCGAGGACUGUGCACUACCAGUUGCUAGGAGCACGGGCAAUCAAAUCAGCAGCCGGCUGCUCAGCUUACAGGGAGCCAAUGCCCUUCUAGUGCUGCCCGCAGCCACGACUGAAACAAAAGCCCUUCCAGCAGGAACUGUUGUGACUGCACUCGUUACCGACACGAUUUAAAAAGCACUUGAGCUGUACUGUCACUUAUGUGCUCGUUACUACCACUGCCGAUUCAAAAACGUGCAUUUGUAUUCUUUUUUACAUUGUUCAUAUUGCAAUAAAGUUGAGCACAAAAACAUUC